GUUUGGGACUGGGGAAGGGAGGCGGCGGGUGAAGCGCACGUAGAGCGGGGGGAGCGGCGCUGCCUGUGGAGAUCCGCUGAGGCCGACAGGACUCGCUGGCUGCCGUCCCCGCUGCCGUGCACUGGGUUACAAAAACAACUAACAUACAACCAUGAAAGAUCCAAGUCGCAGCAGUACUAGCCCAAGCAUCAUCAAUGAAGAUGUGAUUAUUAAUGGUCAUUCUCAUGAAGAUGAUAAUCCAUUUGCUGAGUACAUGUGGAUGGAAAACGAAGAGGAAUUCAACAGACAGAUUGAAGAGGAGUUGUGGGAAGAAGAAUUUAUUGAACGCUGUUUCCAGGAAAUGCUGGAAGAAGAAGAAGAACAUGAGUGGUUCAUUCCAGCUCGAGACCUCCCACAAACUAUGGACCAAAUUCAGGACCAGUUUAAUGACCUUGUCAUCAGUGACAGUUCUUCUCUGGAGGAUCUUGUGGUCAAGAGUAAUCUGAAUCCAAAUGCAAAGGAGUUUGUUCCUGGGGUGAAGUACUAAAUAUUUGAGUAGACGGGGCCCUCUUUUGGUGGAUGUAGCACAAUUUCCACACUGUGAAGGCAGUAUUAGAAGACUUAAUUGUAAAAGCUCUCCCUUCUUGUCACUGUGUUACACUUAUGCAUUGCCAAAGUUUUGUUAGUCUUGCAUGCUUAAUAAAAGUGCUGAGACUGUUAUUAAGUAAAAAGCUGUCAAACGUUUACUGAAAAUAAUUGGACCUUGGCUUGAUGUGAAGGACAGUGAGGAAAGAAGCACCAGUCAAGUUGUGACAAAUCAGACCACCUCUGAAAGAGAUUUAGAAAUUUGACUAAAUGAUUUGUUUUAAUUGAGACUAAACUGGUCACUUGGUGUUAACCAACACCUGUUAAUGCCUUAACUUAAAAAAAAAAAGUCAAUUUUGAAAGUAAAGUUCUAAUUGUUAUACAAAUUACUUCGUUCAGACUUCAGUAUUGUUACUUAUUGUAUUUGUGCCCGUGGAGAGAAGCUUGUUCUUAAAGAAUAGACUUGGUAAUGAAAGAACUCCACGAAGUCCAGCCCAGCCCAGCCCAGCCUCGAGUGGAUCCUAAAGUUACAAAGUAACAAACAGAUAGAUGAAAACUACCCCCUGAUUUUUACAUUAUGUUAUCAUGUUAGAAAUGUUGAAACCCACUCCUAGUUAUACAUCCAUGGAGGAGUGUAAUUUGAAAAUUACAUCAUCUUCCAAGUUCCCCAAUACUUCAUAGCUGUGUCUAUGUAAAUUCUAGCAUAUAACACUUAGUCAAAUUGAACCAAGGAAGUCUUAGCAUUCUGAUUUGAGUGGUGCUUUUCCCUUGCUUCGUUAAUCAUCACUACACAAUAGUCUACAGCACAACAACUUUUCUUUUAACAAAGCUAGAACAGUUUUGGCUUCUUAAACUUCAUAUUUGGGUAGGUUAAGCUGCCAUACGUGUUCAGUGUGAAUAGUGUUUAAGUUGAAAAUAUUGUAAAAAAAUUAUAUUUUUUCAAAAAUAUUUAAAAAAAUAAAUAAUAGUAGAACUGA